AUGAACAAAGCUAGACGACACAGUUUCAAUGAAGGGGAUGGUUAAAAACUUAAGACUCUCAAUGUUCUAUAUCCAAAUACUUUUGUGAAAUAACAUCAGUUGGACAAGAUAAGAGAGCACGAAAGAAAAAAGAUGGAAAGACUUGCUCUUUAACUCAGAAAAAAGAAUACAAUUUUAUCCUCCUGUUAGAAAUAAGCAGAAGCCAACUUCAGGCCUUGUUAAAGACAAUUGAUACUGCACAAUCAUGAGAUUAAAAUCUAAUCACUUUCGUCUAGACAUAGUUCUUAUGAAGGAAUUAAAUCAAUAUUUUAGCGAAAGCAAUUUGUCGAAUCCAAAUACAAAAUUGAUAAAUUAAUAACAAGUCCCUAGACAAAUACAGAAAAGGAAAAUCUAUGCAACAUUUACAAUUUAAGACCUAAUUUAGUUAUAAAUAAAUUGAUUGAUAGUGAAUUCUAGAGAAAGAACUCUCUAAAAUUGGAAAAUCCAAUUCCACUCAUUACAGUGUGA